CUCAUUUUGCUUGUUAAUUCUAGCUACACACACUAGUAUGGUUGCGUGCUGCUUAUCGCUCCGAUCGCAAGCGGGAAAUCUUGCUACCGCGCGCGGCCCUGCGGCUCCACCUCCACCUCCACCUGCACGUACGCCGCCACUUGCUACCUCUCCCUCUCCCUCCGUCCUCCGCUUAUAUUUGCUGGCCCUAGCCUAGCUACAAAGGCUGCCCGGCCGAUCGAGCUCUCUCCAAGACACCUACUACAACCACUUGCCUUGGCACGCGCCACGCCUCAGAACCCUUCUUCCUUCCUCUCCUCGAUCGAUCAGCUCUAGCUCUCCUCAUCAUCCAUCUCGACCACGAGGAAUCGAAGCCAAAACCCUUCUUUGUCUAGUACCUCACGCACUCUCUCAGCUAGCUAGCUCUGCUGCCCUGCUUUCAUUUCAUCCUGUCAGAUCAGCUCCUUAAUUAGCUUCUUCGUCCCUCCCUCCCGACCGGUCAAUCGAUCGUCCACCGGCUAGCUUCUUCGUUCUGCACGCUGAACCUGUAAUAUGCCUCCUGCCGUCCUCCAAGAGCCAUGAGUAACACCAGCAACACCAAGAAGCACAGCCUCCUCGCGCCAAAGGCCACCGUCGACAUGUCUCGCCUGCACCAGGCCUACGACCGCGGCUAGCUAGCUAGUUAGCCGGCUUGAUACCUAGUGCUUGUUAAUUUCUUGCUCGAUCAGUAACAACGUUUGCUGUCGUAAGUUCGUUCUCGUAACAACAACAACAAUGAAGGAAGGAGGCGAGAAGAAGAACAUCCUGUCCAAGACGCUCCAGAGGUGCCGGACCUCGCUGCUGGCGCAACGGAGGCGGCCCGAGAGGGCGUCGUCGUCGCCGUCCCUGGGUGUGCCGGUGCCGGCCGCCGGGUACUUCACCGUCCUGGUGGGUCCGGAGAAGGAGCGGUUCGGGGUGCGCGCGCGCUGCGCCAACCACCCGCUCUUCCGGGCGCUGCUGGACGCGGCCGAGGCCGAGUACGGCUUCGCCGGCUGCGACGGCCCGCUCGAGCUGCCCUGCGCCGUCGACGACUUCAUGGAGGUCAUGUGGGAGAUGGAGCAGGCCGACCCCAGCGCGUCGCCUGCUGGCUGUGGACGCUUCGCCGCCGGCAGCAGUAUUAGAGCCCACCACCACCAUCUGCACCACCAGGCCGCCGGCGGCUACCAGAUGGUGAGCCCGGCGAGGUUCCUCGUCGCCGGCCGGUGAUCGUGAUGGAUGUUAUUCGUUACUUGAACAGCUAGAACGCCUGCUUUGGUCCAUCGCCCGGCGACGACGGUCUAAAAUGGUCUGGUCGUCGUAUCGUCGGUUGUGGUUACGUUGAGCACUUUUCUGAGAUCAACGAUCUCGAUCGCUUGAUGAAAGAAACCUAGCUCGAUCUCUUCUUCUUCUUCGGCAUCGAUCAUAAGUAGACUAGAGAUCCAGGCGCACGCACAAGUUUGUUCAACUGCUCGUUGUUUGCUGCUUUGCCGUCUGUUAAUAACGUUUGUUUCAUCACUCUUUGUUUUUUCAUCAUCGUAGUGUACUCCAUAGAUUUGCUUUGCCCGUCUUGUAACUCUCAUGUUGUCUUCAAGUCGUUUGAAGAUGUAUAUAUGCUACUCCCCUAUAUACAUCGUGUUUACUACAAUGAGUGUAAUAAUAAUAACAAGUUUU